AUAGCUCCAUGUGUUCUUUGAUAAGGAACUGGGGAGGUGAGCUGGGGUACUGCCGAUACCAUAAGAGGUAUGUUGCUGACGAGUAGCUGCAGGAGAGAGUCACGUUGUUUCCCUGUAGAGCCUGGACUCUGUCCUGGAUUGAGAUUGUUUGCUGAUAAAGGUCCCCUGCAUACGUUAAGAAUGAAAGCUCCACCUCCUGCUAGAGUGGCACCAAGGACUGAAUGAGACAGGAGAAGACCUUCUACUAUAGAUAUAUCUACUAUAGGUCUGUGUAUCUAUACCAAUGACUCGUGGUGUACCAAUGUCACAGUUGUUAGCAAACAUUGUUGCCCUGACGUGGAAUUUUUGUUGCUCCAAUGCAGACUGUUUUUACCAAGAGAAAUCUCUUCUGUUUUCAUCUGUGCUGUUUACAUUCCACCCGACGCCAAUGCUAAGCUGGCACUAGCUAGGCUACAAGACAUGCUAAACAAAAGCCUGGUGGCACAUCCCGACAGUGUCUUUAUUGUGGCGGGGGAUUUUAAUCACGCCGACUUAAAGUCUGUACUUCAUUCUUUCCACAGUAAUGUAAAAUGCGCUACCAGAGGGAGCAACACACCUGAUCAGGUUUAUACCAACAUAGCCCAUGCAUACAGAACCCAGGCGUACCCCCACCUAGGUCUCUCUGAUCAUGUUUCGCUCCUCCUGCACCCCUGGCACACACCCAAAAUCAGAGCCAGUAGGCCCGAAGUCAGGUCUGUCAGGAUUUGGCCUGAGGACGCCACCCCUAGGCUCCAGGACUGCUUCAGCUCCACAGACUGGGACAUUUUCAGUGGACUGGGUGUGUUGACACGUAGGUCUCUGAAUAAUUAUCUUGUCUCAGUCCUUGACUACAUCAUUUUUUGUGUGGAUAUUGUUACAUCCUGGAAACAAUUCUGUGUCUUCCCAAACGUUAAACCCUGGAUGACACCUAAAGUAAAAUCCUUACUACGAGCCAGGAAUGCAGCGUACAGAACCGGCGACACCAAUGCAUACAGCGCGGCAAGAUCCGACCUGAAGAAAGGCAUCAGUUCUGCCAAGCAAGCAUACAUGACCCGCAUUGAAGCUCAGUUCAACAGCCCGGCAGGUGUGGGAGGGCGUCAGGGCAAUAACGGACUACAAGGGAAGAACAUCCCGCCCUGUCAACAGCAGCGCCCCCCUAGCGGAGGAGUUAAACAUCUUUUACGCACGUUUUGACAGGAACAACAAGGACCCGGUGUCGCCCCCUCUCCCCUCUGACGGCUCCACCCUAGUCCUGAGCACUCAUGAGGUCAGACUCAUCCUACGCAACAUCAACAUCAGGAAGGCAGCAGGCCCAGAUGGAGUCCAGGGACGGGUGCUCAAGGACUGUGCGGCUGAACUAGCUCCAGUUCUCACCACCAUCUUUAACCUGUCUCUGGGUCCCAGGAUGUCUCAAGGCAACAACAAUAGUGCCGGUUCCCAAGAAACCAAAUGUUGCAGGUCUGAACAACUACAGGCCUGUGGCACUCACCCCUAUCGUCGCAAAAUGCUUUGAGAAACUAGUCAUGAAACACAUUAAAGCCUCCAUACCGCCAUCAUCAGAUCAGAAUCAGUUUGCUUACCGGAAGAACAGGUCAACAGAGGAUGCCAUUGCCAUUGUGUUACACACUCUACUAGAUCAUCUUGAGCACAGGAACACAUAUGGGAGACUCCUUUUUGUUGACUUUAGUUCAGCUUUCAACGCUAUCCUGCCUAACAAGCUACACAGCAAACUACACAAACUUGGCCUGAACACCACUUUAUGCAAUUGGAUUUUGGACAUUCUAACACACCGCACACAACAUGUCAGCAUUGGCAAGCACGUCUCCCCCACCCUGCCCAUGAACACCGGGCCCCCCAGGGUUGCGUGCUCAGCCCACUUCUCUACACACUUUUCACUCACGACUGCUGCUCCUCUUCUCCAUCUAACCUCAUAGUGAAAUCUGCUGACGACACAACAGUACUUGGCCUCAUCACAGGAAAUGAUGAGACCUCAUACAGGAGGGAGGCCGAGAGACUGGUAGAGUGGUGCGGUGAUCACAACCUGGUUCUCAACACCACUAAGACCAAGGAAGUGAUCAUCGAUUUCCUCAGGGCCAGACACCUCAGCCACUCUCCACUCCUAAUCGGAGGGGAGGAGGUAGAGAGGGUGUCCAACUUCAAGUUUCUGGGCGUGACUGUGGCCGACGAUCUGUCCUGGAGGACCAACAUCACCUCUGCCGUGGUAGAGAGCAUACUCACCUACGGACUACUGGUGUGGUUCUCCAGCUGCACCAGGGCCGAAAAGGAGGCCCUCCACAGAGUGGUCAUGGCUGUGGGGAGGAUCAUUGGGAAGAGCCUCCCCGAGAUCUCCACAGUCUUCACCUCCCGCUGCCUACGCCGGGUGAACAACAUCCUAAAGGACCAGGUCCACCCAGCGCACCAUCUCUUCCAGCGACUGCCCUCUGGUCGGAGAUACCGUUCCAUCCGCUCCAGGUCCAGCAGACUGACCAAUAGCCUCUAUCCACAGGCUGUCAGACUGCUGAACAACCUGGCCCCCGCAAAACACCCCAAAUCCAAGGAAAAGUGUUGUUUUCAUAAUAUGUCCCCUUUAAGGAAGAAGACAAUAAACUCUACAAAUGAACCACCACACUAUUGAAACCACAAUAUUCCAAAUAGCAUGGCUAUAUAAUGAACUGCAGAAUGUGUAAAUAUUUUGUAAAUGGGAAAUAGGGAACAUGGAUAAUUAAUUAGGAAAUAAAUCUUGUGCAGAGUUGAUGUAUUUUGUCAGUAAUGUCUGUGUACUGUUCUCAGGGGGAGAUGGAAGAGAGUUUUGUGCUCAGCAGGUUUUUGUACAGGGAGUGUGUGUGUUUCCUGUCACUGUGGGCUGCAGAGCACAGUAGUACAGAGCAGAGUCUGUCAACACAGCAGAGGAGAUCUCCAGA